AUGGGCGGUGACCAUGGCGGAUAUGCGUUCGUCAUGAAUCAAGAUGCAUCUCAAAUGGGAGGUGUCAAUGUCCAGCAGCAGAUGGCCCAAAUGCAGCCUGCCAUGAUGGCAACUGGCAAUGGGUGCAUGCAGCAAAUGGUCCUAGUGCCAAUCAUGCCUGACCAGCAGCAAGCACCGCAACAGGGAAUGCAAAUGAUGGAUCCCAACAGUGGAUGCCAAGGGUGUGGCCAAGCACAGGCUGCCUGGGGUCAGGCGAACGUGGGAGGAUGCAACGGGUGCAAUGCUUGCGGGCAAGGUGCUUGCGGGCACAGCGGGCACAGCGGGCACAUGCAAGUGCAAGAAGCGCAGCAAGCGCAGCGAGGCCCCGGCACACAGCAAAUGCCACAGCAAAUGCCACAGCAGCAGCCGCAGCAGCCGCAGCAAAAUCGGCAUCACGAGGAUCGGCAACGUGAAGCUCCAAACCAGGGCGGAGGACAGGCUUCCGACGGAGGCAACAUGCAGGUGACCUCUGCGCAGCCAGCCUCAGGAGCUCCAGUCUCUUCCACACCAGCUGCAGCGCCAGCUGCAGGCAAGAAGAAGCUGCUCAAUAAAAAAAUCGACAAGCAGGCCGCCAGCACUCAAGCUAGCACAGCUGCAGGCCCAGCUGCAGGCCCAGCUGCAGGCCCAGCUGCAGGCACAACCGCCACCAACUCACAGGCUCCCAGUUCACCUCCAAAACCACAAGCCAAAUCACCCGCGGACCCUCCCGCACAGGCUGGACCGCGCAGUGAAUCGACUGGAGCAGGAACCAACGGGACGUCUGCUUCUGCCCCUGUGCAGAGAUACCAGCCGACGCCCAUGCCAGCAAAAGCCAGUCAAAUUUCCGUUCACCAGUUUGCCUCCUCCAUCAAGGCCCUGAACUUGGAACCCAUGAGAUCAUCAUUGAACACCACCAAGCGACAGCAGAACCAUAGGGACGUUCCCUUCGACCCGGCGACUGUGAGGUUGCCUGAACAAGCUCCACAACAGCACCCAAUCCAGUCAACGCAGGCUGUACAGCAAACAGCAGCGAUAGCAGCACAGCCCACUCCUUCCCCGCAACCAUCUCCUUCUCCGCCAGCACAGCAGCUUGCGCAGCCUCUCUUCAAGUCAUUUCAAUUGAAGGCAAAGGCAAAGGCAGCGGAGGAGGGUGAAACAAAAGAAGGCAAACAGUCCGAGACUCCAAAGGAGCCCAUAGCGGAUGUUCCGCCUGUGAUUGUCAAGGACCGACGUGCUAUUGGCCGAGGCCGUGAGCUCAUGCUCAGAAUUUGGCAGAUGCACAAGGGGGAGCUGCACGGUGCCGUUGCAGAGCUAUCAGUGAGCAUCCGCCCUGGAGACAAGACACCUGCUAUGGAAAGGAAGAAACCUCUCAAGCGGGAGGAGGCACCUGAUCGAGCCAACAUCUUCGGGACCGACAUGAAGAACAAGGGCAAGAAGGAGAUCCAAGUCCUGAAGCCUGGCGAGAAUGCGUACAAAGUAAAGGACAAGGCAAGCGACCGCAUGGAGGAGAUCGAACGACAUGCCCGCAGCCUGCUGAACAAGAUCUGCCCGGAUAAUCUCGGUAAGAUCGUGGACCAGCUUGCGAACAUCAAGCUUCUGAACAAAGACGAGCUGACUCAUGUCAUUCAAAUCAUCUUCAAGAAGGCCCUGGCAGAGCCUCACUACUGUGCUACCUAUGCCGACAUGGUUUACGCUUUGAAGGCAAGGUACCCCGAGUUUCCACCAGAAAGUGAAGGCGAGAAGCCUGCCACGUUCACACGGGUGCUUCUGAACAACUGCCAGAACGAGUUUGAGAACAUGCCGUCAACUUUCGAAGCAACGGAUGAAGAGAGAGUCAAGUUUCCCAAUCCAGAAGACCUGCAAGCAGAGUUGAAGCGCAAGAAGGACAUGAUGCUGGCCAACAUGAAGUUCAUCGGGCAUCUUUUCUUGCGUCAACUCCUGGCUGUAAAGGUCAUCGGGCAAGUUGUGCAUGACCUGAUCGGGAUCAAGGAUGGCAACUCCUUGCCAGAAGAGCACAUGAUUGAGUGUGUAUGCGAGCUGCUUGAGGCCAUCGGGCACACCUUGGACGAGAACACCCACGGAGAAAACUUGAUGAAUUCCUUCCAGGCGCGCCUCAGGGACUUGUCCAAGCAUCUCUCCAGUGACGGCAAGCAGGUGUUCUCAAAGCGCAUCCGCUUUGCAAUUGCCGACCUGCUGGACUUGAGGAAGAACAAGUGGCAAAAGAAAGUGUUCAAGGAGCAAGCCAUGAAGAUCAAUGAGGUCAAGGAAGCUGCCAAGGAUGCAAAAGCUCAGGGAGGCAAGCCAGGUCCAGAGUCAGGCUUCUCGACCCACAUUGCCGGACAGAAGCCCUCAUAUAUCGAUGCCGCUUGGCCUGGGCUUGGGCUCGCAGUGCUUGGAACAUGA